CACGACGAUAUUCACAACUUGGAUGAAUUUUAUGAACUCUCUUUUAAUUAUUUUUAUCUGUGGACUCUUACAGACUAAAGGAAUAUAAAAUAUGGAGGAAUGGACACACAUUCCGGCGUUGGGACCGCUUCAGAGAGUCUGAAGGAGAGAGCAGUUUAUCUUCCGAAAAUGAGGGAGACAUUCAGUGUGAGAUCCUGGAAAUGCAGAGGGAUGAAGCCAAUCAGAGACUGUCUGAACUGGAGGAAGCCUCCUCUCAGCUCCUGAAAGAGAUAAAUGUACUGGAGAUGCAGUUCCAGAUUGAGAGCUCCUGCAGGGAGAGUGCUGAGGCGCUGGCUGUCAGAGUGACCAAAGAGAACAAAGCCUUAAAGAGGACGAGCCAGAUGCUGAUGCCGCUCAUCCCCGAGCUGCCUGAAAACUUGGCUGCCAUGACCUUUGACCCAGAGGCUGACCCCGUGGUUAACGGCGAGGACGUGGUCAAUCUCGGUGAGGACGGCGAUGAGGAGAUGCUGCUGCUGCAGAAUCAAGCCAAGAUCGCAGAGCUGCAGGCGUCAGUGGACGGUCUGCUGGCUGAGAAGCUGCGGCUGGAGCAACAAGUGGAGGAUCUGACAAAAGAGCAAGUCCAACUCAGAGAGCAGCUAGUUCUGGAGGUCGAGGAAAAAGAGGCCUUACUGAGGAAAAUGAGCAAACAGAGCAAGACCAUGAAUAAAAUGAAACGGGUGUCCCAGCUUGUCACCGAGGAGUUCACAGAAAUGUCUCAGAAGCUGGAGCUGGAGCAGGGCCUCCGGCAGCAUGCUGAAGUCUUCGCCCACCAGAUGUUGGUGCAGCAGAAGGCGGCCCACAGGGAGAGUCUGAUACUGAUGCAGAGCUCAGAGACCGGCCUGCAGCUGCAGCAGGCUCUGGAACAAAUCUCCAACAUCAGCACGGCUCUGUGUGACAUACAGCGCUGUUACCAGGACCAGGUAAGACAGAGUCAGGGUGCUGUGGAAGAGAGCGGCGUCCGCUCUGAGCUGCAGAACCUGAGAGAACAGCUGGAGAAGAGCGAGGAGGAGAGGAAGGCCUUGAAGACGCAGCUGUUUGAAGCUAACAGUGCCACCACACAGCUUCAGGAGGAAGUAAAGAAGUUACAAGACUCACUGAAACGGGAAGAUGCAACUAAUGAACCAGAGGAGAAAGCCACUCCUGCUCCACCUCCACCCUCUCCUCCUCCUCCUCCUCCUCCUCCACCUCCUCCUCCACUUCCACCUUCCUCUGCUGUCACCAAUUCACUCGAUUUCCUGAGAAGCAGGAGAAAAGAAGGUGCCAGUAAGGCUGAUCAAAACAAAGCAGCACCCAUGUUGGACAUGAAGACAAAAGCGGUGGAUGAGAUGAUGGAGAGGAUAAAGAAAGGCAUCAUCCUGAGGCCCAUCAAGAAAAUACAGGACGAUGACAGCGCAUGGAAGGACCAGAGGAGUGAAAACAGAAAAUCAGCUAUCGUGGAGUUGAAAGGAAUGCUGGACACCAUGAAACAUCAGCAGCUCCGCAGACUGCCGUCCAGGCGGGUAUUCGGCCGAAAUGUUGGGGAGGCUGAGCUCCUGCAGGUGCUCCAGAGGAGGAGGAGAGUGAUGGGGGAGAACCAAGACCAAACACACGAUGCUCAGCCAGGUCCACGGAGUGUCCCAGCAGCGGGAGACGUCCCCUGGGCAGGCGAGAGCAGCAGCGCCCCUGUGCUCCGCAGGCUGAAACAGAACAGAGAGAAGAGAGACUCUCGCAUCAGAGCGUCAGCGCUGAUCAUCACCCAGGAAAACUGAGAGUGGUAACAGGAAGUCUUUUUGUCAUUACUGUUUUAUAUGAUGAGUUUUUUUGUCACUGAUUUCCUGAAUAUCACUGUUGUUUUUACUUCAAAUGAAUCAAUUCUAUCUUUAUAUAUUUGUUGAAUAAAUACAGGAAUUCAUAGCUUUUGUGACCCCUUACAAUAAAAUGUCAGUUGAUUAUGGUCUGUACUGAAUGCUAAAAUAAAGACUUGAGUCUGGAUCAUGUGAUGUCAGAAAACA